AUGGCGGAGUGUCCCAUCUGCCUGGGCAACGUGGAGGAUGCCUGUGUGGCACCCUGCAACCACAGCUUCUGUCGCCAGUGCAUCGUGCAGGUCCUGGUGCGGCACCCGCCCGAGUGGGCCGGCAGCUGCCCGCUCUGCCGGACCCACAUCAGUGUGUACAACCUGCGCAGCGGCGGGGAGGUCUUGGUGCAGCCGGAGGUGCUGAGCCUGUGGGGCACCGUCUUUGUGCAGCACUGCAAGCUAGGGCUGGCCAGCUACCACUUCGAGUCUCCCGAGGAGUGUUACAUUUCCUACGCCGCGGCGCCGCCCAGCUGGCGUCUAGAUGAUGGGAGCCCGCCACCUGAGCGGAAGCCCUGGAAGGAGGUGAGCUACGACGAGGAGACCAGGAUCUUCCGCGGUGUCAUCGAAUGGGACCCCGCCUUCUUUCAGGACGUGCGGUGGGUCUACAGGCUCGAGUUUGCGGAGGACUUUGCGGGCAUCGUGGGAGGGGAGAUCGUGUCCAGCUCUAUUGACGGGCAAUCGCAGACACAGCCCUACCUGGCUCCCUGGGUCUUUGACUGGGAGAGGCACCUCUCCUACCUGCGAUACACGCCGCCCCCAGAGACCAUCUUCGGCUCUGUCUACGUGCAGGGGCGUUUGUAUGCGCCGAUGCUGGAGGGUGUCGCCAGCUACCAUUUCGAGGGCCCGGAGAACUGCUACAUCUCCUACUCCAAUGCGCCGGAGGAGUGGCGGCUGGACACCGGGGCUGCUCCGCCGGCGAGAAAGCUGUUCGAGAAGACCUGCUACGACGCGCCCACCCGCACCUUCCGCGGCAGCGUGUCGUGGCCAGAAGGCUUCGACGGAGCAGUGCGAUGGGAGUACACCAUGACCUUCGCAGAGGAUCUCUCCAGCAUCUGUGGGGGCAAGGUGCAGCCCUACGGGCCACUGGGCUUCCCGCGCCCGCCCCACCGCUUCGGGGACCCCGCGGGACCGGACGUGGGGGUGCUGUACUAUACCCGGAGGCCCCCGGUACUCGAUGCCGGUGAGCGGCUCCGGGCCAUGUUUCUGGCGGAGGCGGUUCGCAGUGAGGACUCCGAUGCGAACACGGCCCCCGCCGAGAGGGAGCCUGAGCCGGCAAGAUCACAUGCUGCCUGCAACACGCAGUAG